GCGCCUUUUUUCUUUCCUCGUUGUAAGGCGGCGAUUUUGCAAAAUUUCUGUCGACGAACCUCAAAAAUAUUUUUUUUGUUUAUAUCAAUAUAGGAGCUCAACUGCAGUGAGAACACAAGAAUACCGACUCUCAGUUCCAGUUUUACAGAUAGAAUAGAAGAAAAAUCAAUGAGAUCAUCUUCUUCGAAACACGGUGCAGCAGAGAACAAUCGUGGCGUCACUGGCCACAUGCUUACCCUCCAUCAACGCCUUUACCAUGCUCUCAACCUUGGAUUCAGAAGCAUCAAUAACAGAAGAAAGUGGUAUUGCAGCGACAUUGAAAUACAAAGACUAGUGAUCCGCUCAAUCGAUGCAUUUCUCGAUUGUAUUUCCACUGAAACAUCACAUCACCCCCUUGUAAAGGAUUCAGUGGAAGAUAUGGUUGGUGCAUUAGAAAGUAUACUAGAAUUCAAAAGUGAAUCCACAAUGGGAGUGGCCUCAAGGGUGGCUGUAAAGAUGGUCAAUAUUCUGCCUAGCUCAUUGCUGCAAUCUCAUGUUCUGGAUCUUAUGCGUCCUUUAGCAUCUUUAUUAUCUACCUGGCAAUUUCAAGUUUCUAUUUCAUGUGCAAGUGCCUUGAAUGCUAUCCUAUCAAAUAUUAGUAUUAAGACAGAGAGAGAAGUGUGGCAGAUUUUGAAGGAAACAAAAGUAGUUGGUUCUCUUGUUGACAAUAUAAAAGAAUUUUCAGUUGGCAAUAAGCCUACUGAGUACUUAGAAGAGAUGGUUUCUCUUUUGAGUAAAAUUUUAUGGUGGUGGCCGCAAUCUAGGUUCUGUGUUUGGACUGAUACUGAACUAUUGAAUUUUUUAGAUACUCUCCAACUUGAGCGUGAAAAUUCCACAAAAGUUGCUGUCUUGCAGUUGUACUCUACUUUAGCACUAUGCGGAGCCUGGGCAAGUAAGCUUCUAGAAAAUGGAGAAGCUCUUCUAAGAAUGAUGGUUGACAGCAUGGAACGUGCAAAUAAUCAUUCAAUCCGAAUGGAGGGAUUUAGACUUGCUCAAUGUUUAGCGAUAAACAAAAGGGAGUGUUUAAAAAUGAUAAAAAGAUGCGGGGAGCCCCUUGUGAAAGCUAUAAUUAGUGGAAUGAGCGAUCGGAAUUCGCAUUCUGAAAAGCUUGCUAAAAACCAUAGGUCUAUUGUGGAGGAGGCAUGCCGUUUGGCUUUAAUCACUCGUUGGGCAGGGGACCAUCACAUAUAUUUUUGGAAGGCUGGAGUUGACACAGUCCUUCUCGAUCUUCUUCUAGGCAGUUAUGAGAAGAUCGACCUAUUCAAGCAAGAGUUAUCCAUGAAGGAACUGAUAGUUGUAGUUCGAGAUGGUCUCAACACAAAUUUCCAUCUCUCUCUUAGACCAUAUGUCUGGGAUAUUCUUGGAUGGAUUGCAACUAACUGUGCCGAAGAUUUCAACACUGAGGCGCAUGGACGUAAACUUCAUCUCAAGAUCCUUAUCGUGUGUGCAUGCUUAGCCUUUGUGGACUCAAUUCAUGUGACACGCCAAAUUUCUCAAAGUAGUCCAACAAAUACAGCUGUGAGUGAAUCAGCAUCUAGAGCAGUCCUUAUGAUGGUUUACUCUCCCUGCAAGUAUAUUGCAUCUGUAGCUAGGUCCCUACUGUUGGAAAUACUAAAGUCAAAUGGCAAGGAUUACACUGAAUAUUUGCUAGAGACUCUAAUUGCCAGAUCUUCAGGAAACAAUUUUGGAAUUCCAGGUAACCUUCAAAUUGUCAUAUGCUUGAUGAGCUUGGCAUGUUAUUCCAGUCUUCCAAAAUAUCGAAAACUCAUAAUUAAACAUCAAGGGAUCAAAACUCUGUUGAACUUCAUAAGAUGGUGGUUUAGCAAUCCUGUUCGUAUAAAAAGAUCAAAUGUGGCAUCGCAUUUGCAUAAUUCUUUCACAGAGAGGAGUUGUUGCUGCUCAGCUACAGAAGACUGGGAAGGGGAGGACAUGCUUUUGCUUUUUAGUCUGUGGAGCCUAGCCGAGUUGCUACAUCAUUUGGAUCCCAUAAAAGUUCAUCUGCUUGACAAUCAGACUAACUUUAAUGAAGUUCAAUUAGUUAGUGAACUCCAGAAGAUCUGCAGACACGGUAGAACCCCUGGACCAAGAUGGUAUGCUGUUUAUAUUCUUUGCGUUUUUGGACACUAUGGUUUCCCAUGUGAAAUGGGAGACAGAAUUGGGAAAGCACUUACUGAUAAUGAAUAUACUGAUUUGGAGCUCAAUCUUGUAAAUGGGGAAUCUAUAUAUGUUCAUGGAGUUGUUCUUAUGGUUAGAAGUCCAUCACUUCUUCCUCCUGGAGAAUUGCUUGUUAAAGAGAAAGCGUCAAGUGGAUCUUCUGUAAAGCAGGAUGCAGAGAACAGGGUGAUAACAGCAAUUCAUCUUUCUUCUCAUGUGGAUUACCAGUCAUUGUUGAAGUUGUUAGAAUAUGUUUACUUUGGAUAUGUACAAGCCAGUGAAGACCUUGUGAAAAAGUUGAAGAUUUUUGCUAAGCAUUGUGGAUUACAUCACCUGUUGCAAAUGCUUUCUAAAAGACAUCCAAAAUGGGGCACUCCUAUGCCUAGCUUUGAUCUUACUCCAGCACUCAGGCCAGGCGGACAUCAUUUUUCUGACAUUCUUUUGGAAUCUAAUACAAGAGAACUAGUAAGUUGGAUGUGCAACAGUUGCUCAGCAUCAGUUCCUCACCUACAUGUUCACAAAGUUAUAUUGGAAUCAAGUUGUGAUUAUCUCCAGGCAUUGUUUCGGUCAGGAAUGCAAGAGAGCCAUUUACAAACAAUCAAGGUCCCCGUAAGUUGGGAGUCACUCGUUAAACUUGUUAACUGGUUCUAUUCGGACCAGUUGCCGGAGCCCAGUUUUGGCUGUCUAUGGGAUAAUAUGGAUGCAGACGAAAAAUUACACGAAGUGCAAUUAUACAUUGAGCUCUGUUGGCUUGCUGAAUUUUGGCUCAUUGAGGACCUUCAUGAAGAAUGUUAUAGGGUUUCUGUAUCUUGCUUGGAUUCUUCUAGAUACUUGUCCGUGAAAAUAAUGCAGAGUGCAGCUAUUUUUACUCAAUGGAAGUUGGCUGAAGUUGCAGCAAAUUAUAUGGCCCCUUUAUACCAUAGUCUUCGCAACUCGGGUGAGCUUGAUGCACUGGAUGACAGUCUCGUUGAAAUGGUUCGUUCUGCCUCAGUUCGACUUUCUCAGGAGGGAAGUCGUUCGUCUAGUUGAUUCAACUCUCUUUUCUCGAAGCUUGGAGAUUACGACCAGUUCUUUUUCUGACAUUCUUUCGGGGCUGGGAAAUUGGCAGAAUCUACACGACCAAAUAUAGAACACAACACUGAAGCUCGAUGCACACAGAUUGCUGACCGUGAAAGAUGGAAACGCAAAUCAGAUUUUAAAGGUUGGUGAAUUCUAAAUACGGACACGCCGCUUGCGCUCAAGAAUUGGAACCUUUGAAUUUAUUGUUCGUCUGGAAUUAUGAUGCCCGUAGACCAUACCACUUGUAUAAAAGAAAAGUUUGAUUAGAAAAUUAUUAUACCAUUUGAGAUUGUAGUAAUUCUUAAUUUACCCCAUCAAAAGGCAAAGUUUGAUAAGUAAA